AUGUCUCUGUCACGAGCUUUUACUACCCGCAAGCUCAAGCUGGGCUCUGAUUCUGGCGAUGGCAAAAAUCCCCAGCGGUCGCAUACCCUUCGCCACAAGAUCUCGGCUCCCGUCCAGCUGGUUCAUACUACCAACAUGCUCUCCUACAAUGCGCCCGAUCUGCCCAAGGGUAGCAAAGUGCCCGAUCUGCCCAGGAAUGUCCCUGUUGCCCCUCCACGAACCAACUCUGCCAAGUCUCUCGACGACUCUGACAGCUUUGCUACCGCCGAAUCGACUCCGCCAACCAGCCCGGACGUUGAUCCAAGCGAGCGCACGCCUUCUCCCAAGCCGAACCACCUUUCAGGCUACUUCAAGAAUUCUACGAAGCCCGUUGUCCCAGCCGAGCCCGAGCCCGCCCCGGUUAUUCCUCAGCGCUCUCCUACGCAUACCAAGAAGAACUCAGUCAAUGCCAUUGCCAGGUCGCAGUCCAUAUCCCGCAUUUCUCGAGAUUCAGACGUGUCUGCCGCAUCCCGGAGUCUCCAGGCCUUCUCCCGCACUCCUUCUGUAUCGACGCACUCCUCGGCGCACUCUUCGUCCAUCUCCAGUCGGUCUGUGAAAUUGCCUAUAUCACCUGCGGCUCCCACGGCCCCCAUGGUUUUUGGGAUCCCCAAGGCUCCUAAGGCUCCUGUGGCUCCUGCGGCUCCUACGGCUCAAGCAGCCCCGACACCCCUGCCUGUACAACCUCCCAUCUCAGCGCAACACCACGCAGCCAAGGACUCUAAUCCUUUUGGGCCGGAGUUGGGCCAAUUGACGGAACUUGCGGAAGAGUAUAGCUCCGCAAGCCAGAUGGAAGUAGCAGACGAGGACUUGGAGUACAUUCGCGCCAAGGGCCUUGUCAGGCUGCGUCCCGAUGACUAUCUGAGCAUGAUCCAGGGUCUGUCUUCCAUCUUCUUCCCAGAACCUAGUCACCCAGCUCCCGCAAUUGCAGCUGCGGCCCCGCUCUGGAUCUAAGGCCCAUGCCGAUAAUACGAACAGCAAAAGUCCUCUACCGCGUCAUUGUACAUAUCGAAAUUGUCCGGACAUACGCUGUACUUCCAUGAGCAAAGCGCUUAAGCGAUGACAUGUUUCUCUUACUUUCUCUUCUUCUUCUUCCUCUUCUUCUAUACUCUGUUGACAUGGAUGGGAAACGGUGUGGGUUCUAGAAUAUUAGCAUUACUAGGUACUUGGAUUGGCUGCUUGAUAUACCUGAAACAGGAGACGAUGUGGCGUUGAAUAACGGAUGGGAAUGCUUUUUAAAUUGGGGUCUUUUCAUUUUUCUACUAUUUCUUCUUAUUUACGAUGUGAAUACUUUACCUGAC